AGUGUUCCCAAUACAAGCACGUUCUCUAUAACGUUCUCUAUAACUAUACAACGAUUGUAUAAAUGACGUAACAGGUCGAUAAAUCCUUUUACAUCUUUUUAAUGCAAUUUUACAGUUACUUUGUCGUGGGAUUUUCUUGCCACAUAGUUGUUAAACAGUGACAUUAAGAAAACGUCCUGCAUCUGAAACACUGCAACACUGUGGUAAUCCGCCGCUCAUUACUAUGGCGACUCCGCGGUCCUGGCAGGGGAAAGAAACAUUUCAUUUGGCAACGGCUUUCCUUGAUCUAAAAUGUACUAGUACUGAUAUUUGCCAAAUUAUCGUUGUAGGUAAUUGAAUGAAUACUGUUUUAGAAUCUAAAUUACGUCUUUCUUGGACAGCGCGACAACGUGUGAAUCCGUUCUUCAAGGACCUUGACGCAUCGCUUCCAUUCAGCCAUUGAACUGGGGAGAGGAGGGUCCAUACUGUUGUGGUUUUACUGCGACCUGUAUGUGAUUUUAGAGGUAACAUGUGCCUGUUUACCCCACACUAGGGCCCUUUCUACGUUGUUAGGCGACAUAAUUCGGUCGACUGGAGUCGUCGGUAAAGAUCCGUAGAGCCGUAAUGUCUGGAGCGGGCGGUGGGGGAGGAGGAGGCUCCUGUCAGGGCGCAGCGGCGGCGGCGGCCAGUUGCAGCUCCGCCGGCUCUCCCUACGCCGCUGCGGCCGGCGGAGGCGCAGGGGCGGCCGGGAGGUUGCCAGCUCGGGUCCUGGAGCACGUAUUCUCGUACUUGGACCUUUCCGACUUGAUUAGUUGCGCGUUGGUCUGUUGGCAUUGGAACCACAUGCUGUCGGAUGAAAACAGCGAGGUGUGGCGCAGCCUGUGCAGCCGGUCCAUGAGCGACGAAGCUCUGCGCUCUGACAUCCUGUGCAACCUGCCCACCUACAAGGGGAAACUCAAGGCCUUCCAAUACGCCCUGAGCUCCCACGACUGCUCCCGCAACGUUUACGUGAAGAAGAACGGCUUCACCCUGCACCGCAACCCCAUCGCCCAGAGCACGGACGGCGCUCGCGGCAAGAUCGGCUUUGCCGAGGGGAGGCACGCCUGGGAGAUCUGGUGGGAGGGCCCCCUCGGCACCGUGGCGGUGAUCGGCCUCGCCACCAAGCGGGCGUCCAUGCAGUGCCAGGGCUACGUGGCCCUGCUGGGCAGUGACGACCAGAGCUGGGGCUGGAACCUGGUGGACAACAACCUGCUGCACAACGGGGAGGUCAAUGGAAAUUUCCCCCAGUGUAACAAUGCGCCAAAAUAUCAGAUCGGGGAGAGAAUACGAGUGAUUCUAGACAUGGAUGACAAGACGUUAGCCUUCGAGAGGGGUUUUGAGUUUCUCGGCAUAGCGUUUCGCGGACUGCCCAAAGCUUGCCUGUUCCCAGCGGUCUCUGCCGUGUACGGCAACACCGAAGUCACCAUGGUGUACCUGGGAAACCCUCUGGACGGCUAGACGCCAAGCGACCUGCGCCCCGGCCAGAACUAACAAGACUAUUUUAUGUCGACAGACUUCAGACUGUGUUUUGGAGACCAAAGCUGAAUUGUGUUCCUUCCAAGCUGAAUUACUAUUCACACAAACCCACACACACACACGCACACACACAGUCGCCAAGAGAACCGCGGGCAUUUCCUUUGCAGCUCGACACAAGGACUGAAAGUACAGCGGAGAAGGAACGGUCACAUGUUUCGGUGUCAGCGAGGAAGUGGCCGUUAUUUAAGUUCACGCGAUUCCGUCUGUCACUGACAUUUAGCUGAGAAUUUAUGUCGGCUUGAAUGAGGCCAAAACUAUUCUAAACCCGUGGCAAACACUUUAAGACAUUGUUUUUAACGCGUGGAACAGUAGUUGUUCUCGCGAUCUGUUGUAUGAGGUAAAGGAGUAACGCAGUUUAACUGUAAUCGAUUUCUGGAGUAUAUUAGUUAUAUGCCAAAAUCAAUGUGACCUGAUCGCUAUAAGGCAAACAAAGAAGACAUGCGGACCAACUGUCAUGCAUGUGCAUGGAUACUGGGUUAAAGGCUAUAAUAACUGGGCUUUGAUAUACCAAUCCAGGAAUGGUGGAAGGCUAUAGCUGUAUCAUGUUCGUUUGCGUCCUUUUUAAUGUGCUACUGUAGUAUUACACACUAUUUAUUUCAUGUGUUUUAUCUAUGGUACUAUAUAUACUGUAUGGUAAUAAGGCCUGAAAAUAAAGUCUACAUGAUGCCACUCUUCUAAUAAAGAUGGUUUGAUGUUUGA